UUUUUAAAGGGUGCCUCGGGACUGUCCAUUUUAAAGGGUGCUUCGGGACUGUCCAUAAUUUUAGAGGGUGCCUCGGGACUGUCCAUAAUUUUAAAGGGUGCUUCGGGACUGUCCAUAAUUUUAAAGGGUGCCUCAGGACUGUCCAUCAUUUUAAAGGGUGCCUCGGGACUGUCCAUAAUUUUAAAGGGUGCCUCGGGACUGUUCAUAAUUUUAAAGGGUGCCUCGGGACUGUCCAUAAUUUUAAAGGGUGCCUCGGGGACUGUCCAUAAUUUGAAAGGGUGCCUCGGGACUGUCCAUAAUUUGAAAGGGUGCCUCGGGACUGUUCAUAAUUUGAAAGGGUGCCUCGGGACUGUUCAUAAUUUGAAAGGGUGCCUC